AUGUCUGAAGCAUUUGUGACAUUAGCAACGACGGAUGGAUAUGCUUUGGGUGCACUCGUAUUAGGGCAAUCAUUAAAAGCAGUUAAAACCGAAAGAAAAUUAUGCGUUAUGAUUACGGAUCAUGUGUCAGAUCUAUUAAAACGUAACUUAGAAGCAACGUUUGAUGAAGUGAUUGUUGUCAAUGUGUUAGAUAGUAAAGAUACUGCGCAUUUAAAAUUAUUGGAACGACCAGAAUUGGGUGUUACAUUUACAAAACUUCAUUGUUGGAUACUUGAACAAUAUCAGAAAUGUGUUUUCCUAGAUGCUGAUUGUCUAGUAUUACAAUCUGUAGAUGAUCUCUUUGAACGUGAAGAAUUAUCGGCUUCACCCGACGCCGGAUGGCCAGAUAUUUUUAAUUCAGGUGUAUUCGUCUAUAAACCAUCAAAAGAUACAUAUGAAAAAUUAGUAAAGUUUGCAUCAGAACAAGGAUCAUUUGAUGGUGGUGAUCAAGGUUUAUUAAAUAAAUACUUUUCAUCUUGGGCUCGAGCUGAUAUUAGUCGACAUUUACCGUUUACUUAUAAUGUUACAUCCAAUACAUUUUAUUCUUAUGUGCCUGCCGUUAAUCAAUUUCGUUCUGAUAUCCGUAUUGUUCAUUUUGCUGGUACAGUCAAACCAUGGCAAUUGACUUAUGAUCCUCAAGCUAAGCAAUUAUCUGGCUGUUAUCAAUCAUUUGAACGUGAAUUUCUACUUAAAUGGUGGGAACUGAUGUAUGAAACUGUAUGGCCAAAUUUAUCAGCCUCAAAUACUGGACCUCAUGAUACAAUGUCGUGUUUAUAUAAUAUAGGCUUGAAACUUGUAUCGUAUACUGCUGGUUUAGAUGCGAGAAAAGACCUUUAUCAUCCGUACGAUUUUUAUUCGGAUCGUGACUCAUUUCCUCAUUUAGUUGAUGCUCAAUUUAAGUAUCAAACAAUGUUAAAUAAAAUACGGUUAGCUACUCUCAAAAGAGCUAAACCCUCGACAACAUCGUUCAGUUUAUUACCACUAGCGGAGAUGUUUUACAUGAAGCGAAUAAAGUCAGAUGAAACAGUUAUUCAUCGUAGACACCAUCCAAAACUUUUAAUCGAUGCUGAAACGAUAUUUGCUGUAGCAAAUGAGUCAGAAUUUCAGUUGGAUGAUGCGAAUGAAAAGAACGAUGAGAAUGGCGUAAUUGUGAAAAAUAGUGCUGCUGAAAUAAUACCAAAAUCAAGAAAAAAACGAUCUCAUUCAGCUACACUAUUAGAAAAUUUUACAGAAAGAAAUGUGAAAUGGAGGCAUUCUGGUCCAUUGAAUUAUACUGGGUUUACUCAAGGUAUUAUAUCCGGUUCUGCUGCUCAUCGACGUGCGUGGGAAGCAGGUCACAUAGAUUAUGGUGGACGCGAUUCAUUCAGUAAAAUUCAAGAGCAAAUAGAUAAAAAUAUUGCUAGAACACCACAAACACACGAGCGUCCGCUGUCAGCUUCAAACACUCAACGACAACAAAAACAAUCUUCACCACCUAAAGAUGUAGCAACUAGUAAUAAUAAAAAUAAUAAUAGUAACAAUCAACAUCAUCAAGCCACUACUGGCGUCACAUUCCAUAACGAAGAUGAAAGAUUUAUUCCAGCUGAAACAGGAAAAACACAACAACAACAAGGUACGCACGAAGAAAAAUGA